AUGUCUAUAGGUGUGGAGCAGGCCUGCCAUCGAUGCAUCUCAAAGAUUGCCAGUAACGCGUGCUUUAUAUUUGGACUGUUGGCCUUUCUUGCACUGCCAUUAUCAAUGGCUUUUGUGGGAAUGAAGUUUUUAAACAGUUGCCCUAUUCAGCCAUCGAUUCCAUUGUAUUUGCUGGUUGGAGGAAUUAUUGGAAGUUUGAAGGUGACACUCCUGCUGUACGACUCUGCCAAAAUGCGGCACCUUCUCUCCAAGUCCGUCAUGAUCGGGGACGACGAUGACGACGAAUAUCCGUGGAGGCAAAACCUGCACCGAUAUUACAUCCACGUGACCCUCAGUCUCUUCCUCUUCGUCUGGUUCAUCCUGGGAAAUUACUGGGUGUUCUCGGCCUACCUGCCCAAUUUCAUCCCGCCUUUCCACCAGCCCCAGGAUUACUGCGACAAAACCGUGUACGUUUUCUCAGUGACCGUCCUCGUCAUCAGUCACACAGCCCUGGGCCUGUCGAUAUUGUGCAGCUGCUGUUUGUUCUCGUGUUCCAAGCAGGGCGAGGAUUCAGAGGAGGACUAAACCAUGAGGCGGAACCUUCGCCAAAGUCAAAUUUGAUACAAAAUAAAAUUCCUGUUAAAAGUACAUCUUUUUACA